AUGCUUGAAGCGCCGUUUAGUCACGGGGUGAUUUAUUUCUGCGAGUUCUGUAACGUUACUCAAGAUGGCGCCCUGCAGUCGAGCCGGGUUUUAGGGCUUGUUUGUUUAGCAAGCCUGCAGAUCAAGAAACAGCAGCAGGAUGUCAUGGGCUUCUUGGCAGCCAAUAAGAUUGAGUUUGAGGAAUGUGACAUCGCAGCUGAUGAAGACAACAGGAAGUGGAUGCGAGAACACGUCCCCGAGGAUUUCCGACCGGAGACAGGGAACCCUUUACCUCCUCAGAUCUUCAAGGAGGACAGAUACUGUGGGAACUAUGAGGCGUUCUUCUGUGCCCGUGAGGACAAUGCUGUGUAUGCGUUUCUGGGCUUGACGGCGCCUCCAGGCUCAAAGGAAGCAGAAGCACUGUCUGAGAAAAUGCAGAUGUAAUCUAGAGAAGCGGUUCUAGCAGAGCUGAAGAACUCCUGCACUUUCUGAUGAUUGAGUUUCUUUUCUUGUUGGUUCUUUUUUUUUUCUUUCUUUGCACCCAUUAAAUGAUGUGAUGAAUUAUUUGUCUACUCAAAAGUCCAUCUUAUUGAUUGAACUGUUCAAACUGAAAAGAAAGCAUGUCUGCAGUCGUCCAAAUAGACGAGCAAACUUGAUUUUAAUUAUAUUUAUUAAUUCCUCUAAUGUUUAAGC